CUAAAAUAAACGGUUCCGAUAAGAUUACACCUAACGAUAUGAAAGUCACUAACGCACUCAGUUAUCGAGAUGGCCAGUUCGAAAGAACACACAAAUCUUCAGAAUGUACCAUCGUCUUUACAUAUUACGGAGGAAGGACAACCUUCUGCCAGGACACCUACUAUUCACUGCAGAAGAAGUUUUAAGAUCUUUUUCGGCGUAGGCCUAAUCGCAGCAAUAGCAGUGAUCAGCACAUUGGGUGUUUUUUUAUCAAGCUCAGGAUGGCAAAAGAGUAACGUUGCCCGAGGGAGUGUCCAGGAAGUCGGUUUCCGUCGGCCUAUGUCCAACAUUCCAGUUCAUCUCUACGCACCUAAAAAAGAUCUUCAUUUGUCUGAAAAGAUAUCAAAAUCUACGCCCACCCCAUCGGAAGAAAUCCUUUCAAGAGAGAAUAAUAUAAACUUCGAAGAACCAUCGGAAAAGAAAAGAGGGAAUGACACUGACUUCUGCACCACUCCAGCUUGCUUGACAGCUGCUGAGCAGCUUGCAGGAGCAAUGGAUUUAUCUGUUAAUCCAUGUGAUGACUUCUAUCAGUUUGCAUGUGGCGGAUGGAUGGAAAAGCACCCUUUCCCAGAAAAUGAAAGAGUUGGGGUAUACGACGAUCUUGUCCACGUGGUGAACCAAAGAAUCAUGUCGAUCUUGGAGAGUGAAGCCAGCCCAGGUGAUCCUCUCCCGCUCCAUAUGACUCGUACUAUGUACUCUACUUGUAUUGACACCAAUGCAACGGAGGUCUUAGGCUUAGCAUCAUUAACAGAGAGUUUGAAUAAGCAGGGAGGUUUGCCCAUGAUUCUCGAUUCGUGGAAUUCAUCAUAUUUUGACCUACACACGGCCCUUGUCAAUCUCCGUGACAUUAAUGCUUUUCCUCUCGUGGCAGUGGGCGUUGAUAAGAAUCUUCAUAAUACUACAGAAAAUAUUAUCUACCUAAACGCUGGCACGGUACCCCUUGGUGUAAGUUUGAUGGCCAAUCCCCCUGCAAUAAUUUUGGAAGCUUACAAAACAUUCAUGACCAGAGCCGCUAAAUACUUAAGGGACGAACUUGAACAAUCUAUUACAGACGAGGAAAUAGCUCAGCAGGUGGAUGAAGUUAUUCAGUUUGAGUUAGAUUUUUCAAAGAUGGUGAUCGAGGCAGCUGGACAGGCAACAGACCACGUUUGGUUAACAGAUGUAACCGAAAUUCAGAAAUACACAGAUGAGGGAGCACCAGGAAAGUUCAACUGGUUGUCUUUCUUCAAGCAAGUUUUUAGCAGAUCAGAGGUGAUUGUUACGUCUGAGGAACCAAUUUUGUCGUUCAAUGGACCUUUCUGGUCGGAGCUCAGUAAUAUUCUCAAUGCGACAGAGCCACGUACACUCGCAAAUGCCAUCGGCUGGUGGUGGAUAUACGAAAUGGCUCAGGAGACAACUUCAUACUUGAGAGAAAUUGAGCUGGAAUUCAUCAGCGCCAUCGGAGGGAAUUCGGUUAAUCGCACUUCGCACUGCUUGAUGCAAACUCAUAUCAAUCUCGCCUUUGCCGUCGCCAGAGACUACGUCAGCAGAUACUUUUCUCCAGCAGCUAAGGAGGAGGCAUCACAACUGGUAGAAGACGUAAGAGCUGGUUUCGAAUCCUUAUUGGAUGAAAAUACCUGGAUGAAGCCGGAGGAUCUGGUCGUAGCCAAGGACAAAUUGGCAGCCAUCGAAGCUUUCGUAGCUUACCCAGAUUGGAUCCUGGAUGACAAUGAACUUACAUUGGCAUACGGUGAUCUAGAAAUCACGAGUCAGGAACACUACAGCAACAUCUUGAAAAUUGGGCGAUGGUUUGAUUUCCAUAGACUCCAGGCCCUUAGAGAAGAACCUUUUCGUUCCUUUGCUCUACCUCCAGCGAUUGUAAAUGCUUACUAUAAAGCUGAAGACAAUGCAAUCACGGUGACUGCGGGUAUUUUGGAAAACCCUUAUUAUGCACACGAUAGUCUUGCUGCUCUUAAUUACGGUGGAAUUGGAUUUUUCAUGGGACACGAAAUGACGCAUGGAUUUGACAGCAUUGGUCGACUUUAUGACAAGGAUGGGAAUCUGGCUGAGUGGUGGAGUAACGAAACCAUUCGGGCUUACAACGAACGAGCAAUGUGCUUCGUGGAUCAGUACAGUCAAUUCUAUCCUCCUGAGGUGAUUGACGUCGGGUUAAAUGUCUCGGUAAAUGGAUUAAGGACAUUGCCCGAAAAUAUAGCCGACAACGGUGGAAUUCGGGAAGCCUUCAGAGCUUACAAUCUGUACGUCGACCGCCACGGGGAGGAGCCCAAGUUGCCAGGUCUGGAAGGGUACACUUCAGAACAGAUCUUCUAUCUUGGGUUUGCCUACACCUGGUGCGUGCAUUCAAGUGCCGCUUUGAUGCUUGAACAGCUCGCACUGGAUGCCCAUUCCCCAGACAGGUUUAGGGUCAUAGGACCUCUUUCCAACGACGAGGAUUUCAGUCGUGUCUGGAACUGUCCUGCUGGGUCACCUAUGAACAGGGGUGAAGACAGAUGCUUACUGUGGUAGGUUCAACCCAGCACAUUUGAGCUCGCAAACUUCUGAGGCAUUUACACAUCUUUCUGGAAAUGAGAUUAAAAUUUUACUCAAAUGAAAUUUUUCUCUUGUCACGGUAUCGUGGAUGAAAUCAUCUAGACUGCUUCGCUGAGUGAUUGAUCUAACUUUCCCUGUCGUUGUAAUAUCCGAACAAAUUCCAUUAAGGCUGGAGAAGGAGCUUAUUAAAAGAUAAAAAAUAA